AUGCAGGAUCAAUGUAACUUCUGGGUUAAAAUGUCACAGGCUGGCCAAACUUCCAUUACUGCGUGGGAAACAACCGCGCGUUAUUUGGUACAAAUGCGGAAGAAUUCAUGAGAGACAAAUUUCUUUUCGGUCUUAACGAAUUCUUCACGCGUUUUCGGGAACAUAUUUUCUAUGGAGAUGGCCAGCGGAAGCCUGAUGACCCGCCUUUCACCUUGGCUUUCGUGGUCAGUCACACCCUAUCAUUUGAAACGGCUCAACAAACAAACAAGCUGUUGGCAACCUCUGCAAUUGAAGAACAGAUCCAUUAUGCUACAUCUGCGCUCGCAAACAAAGGCCUCCCAAAACCCCCUGAAAGACCUGGAAACAGAUCCCGAAAAAUCUCCAGCUACUGCCACAAAACCAGCCAUUUCACAUACGUUUGUCAGCAUGCCUUCAGAGCCCAGUGACCCUCCAGUACCACCCCCAAAAGGCCAACUCCACCGGGACCCAGCAGGAAGGCAUUCAGUAUGGGAACUGCUUUACCCUCUCAGAAAAACAACCUCCUGAUCUUCUUAGCACAGCAACUACCCCACCCUCGCUUCACCCACCUAUCGCGGACAAAGGCCAUUUCGUGAUGCUUGAUUUAAGGAGUCUAGACUCCCCCAUCAGUAAGCAGAUUCCUUUCCAGAUAGAUUCGGCAGCUUCCUUGCCGUCCAACCACUUCACCAACAUACCUUGCGCCAAGAUCUCUCCAUCCAAGACUGUAAUACUGCCCUAUGCCAGUCCACCAAUCAAGCCUAUCGGCCAUGUCACCCUUACAGCUAGCAAAGGUAGAUCCACGUGUGAUCUCACCUUCCACAUCAUCAACGCUGAACAGCCAGCCUUACUCGGUAUAAAAGCCAGCAAAACGCUUGGCGAGCUAACUUUCAACCGUGACGCUGAUUUUAUAAGAAAAUGCUCCACAAGCAACCGUCCCCAAUGUCUAGCCUUAAUCAAGAUUCGGCUGCUGGCCCACCCCCAGCCCCUCCAAACACUUCAGAUCGGAUUUGGCCUGAGCUUGGAACUUUAA